AUGAACUAGUGCUCAUUUUGGAACCAAAACAAUUCCGCCACGGUUGAUAAACAGAAAUGUCUAAAAGGACCAAAAACUCGGAUGUAAAUCACUGUCGGGACUCUGAAAGCUCCGAAGAGUCUUUAAAUAGCAGCAAUAACGAAAACAGCAGAAGUAGUGAUUUCGAAACUAGCAGAAAACACAAACUGCGUCGCAGAUCUUCCCGAGCUUCUUCAUUUCUUUAUCAAGCUCUGCCCAUGCGCAUAGUUGGCGAUAAUUCCGUGAUAAUACCAGAUAUUCCCUGCUCCUCUCGAGAUAUAACUCUUCAAUCCGCACAUAUUAUUGAGGAUAGUACCGAUUCGGAGUUCCAUAUUUCCAAUGAUACCAGCAAUGAUGAGCCGGCCAACAAAUCCGUUACGUUUGCAGCCAGACCAAUAGAAAAACCAGAUUUGGAGUAUAUAAGAAAACUACGCAAACGCAAGAAACGUAAAAGCAAAACAUUGUAUAAAGAUUAAAA